UGGGUGGAACACAGGAAGUAUAUUUAUCAAAAGACCCAUCCCUCUUCCUCAUUGUGGCGAGAAGCUGGCGUGUUUCAAUACAAUAACACCUCAACCAACAUGGUGAAGAUCUUCAUUGGAAACCUGCCUCAGCAGACAGAAGUAGAAGAAUUGAAGGCCCUAUUUACUCAAUAUGGGGCAGUCACCGAGUGUGCUAUUAUCAAAAACUUUGCUUUCGUUCACAUGGAUGAUCGCAAAAGUGCAACAAAGGCCAUCAAAAACCUUCAUUUGUACAAGCUGCAUGGAACACCAAUCAAUGUUGAAGCAAGUAGGGGCAAGAACCAGGGUCCUGUAAAGCUGCACGUGGCCAAUGUGGAGAAGGGAUCAGAUGAGGAGCUCAGUGCGCUGUUCGAAGAGUAUGGAACAGUUACUGAAUGUGCCAUCGUUAAGAACUUUGCAUUUGUACACAUGAGCAACUCUGAUGAGGCAAUGGAUGCCCUCAGGGGCUUGGACAACUCUGAGUUUAAAGGAAAAAGAAUUCACGUGCAGGUUUCGAAGAGUCGACCAAGAGGAGAUGAAGAUGAUAGCUAUGGUCCCCCAGACAGAGGAUAUUGGCAGCCCCGCUUCCCUGGUGAACGACAUGAGCCCCCUGGUUAUCCUAGAGGUCGCUUUGGGUACCCGCCUGGCCCCCCUCCUCCACCACCACCACCUCCCCCCAGGCGUCCCCCAUACCCAGAGCGCGCACCUGGGUCCGAUCGAGGUGUGGUCGACUAUUAUGAGAAAUACCGUGCCCGCCCUUACGGCGGAGCCUCUUACGAGGACCGGCGUGCUAUCCCCCCUCCCCCACCGCCCCCCGCUGCUGCCAUAAUGAGAGAGCGACUGGCUGGCAACGGCCUUGACCCCUAUGAGCGACGCCCCCUGCCACCCCCCCCAACCUCAUUCUACGGCCGGGAUCGCAGUCCAAUCAGACGUGCUCCUCCAGCUCCUCCGGCACCCGCAGGAAAUGGUUAUUCAUACGAGCGUUCACGUCUGUCCCCUCUCUCCAUGUCUCGUCCCCCGAUGUACAGCAUGCCUCGAGCCAGAGAGCCCUAUACUGACAGGGUACCACCUCCACCUCCUGCGCGCUACUCUUAUUAAAGCGAAUCCCUGCGCUUUUGUAACCCAAGGUGUAAAUUAUUCAAGACCGUCGUCGUUGUCUCCAGAUGCACGUGACGCGAUACGUCUUUGUCUGCCAGAGCGCGUUUCGUUCGCCUGCGCAUCAUAGUGGAAGAAUACUGUUGCUGGCUGCACAUUCUAUAAAACAAAAACGCUUUUACACGCAUAAAAUUCGUUCUCAUGCUUAAAUUGUUAACUUGCUUUUUCCUCCCUGUUUGUUUUUCUUAUUUGAUUAUUUUAUAGUAUUUGAUAGGUGAGUGAAGCACUAAACCAGCAAAAGUUACUUUUGUUUAGAACACAUCCAACAAUUCCACUUUACAUGUAACGUUACAAUGUAUUUACACUGUCUCCUUUUUAAUUCUGGACUGAUCUUAUCGUUUUGUUGACCAACUGUAACAAGCGCUAUAGUAAAGAACUUUGAUUUAAAACAAAGCCCACGAUACAUUUGUGUGAAGUUAAAUUUGUUUUUUAGGCCUUUGUUAAAGCUUGAAAUAAGCAGAUACGCUCGUGCGGCAUGCAAUUACGAAUAUAAUAUCCGCAGCAAUAAAAACCUGUUCGGAGACUGGCUUUGUUGAAAUUGCCAUUUUAAUUUUAGAGCCUAGCAAUUCAAGAACUGUGUACCUUUUUGUCUCUUUUCUAAAACACUGAUUUUAAUAAAGACUGGAACUUGGUGCA